ACCUCGUGCUAUAAGGUUGAAUAACUUGCGCUCCUCAACUAGAGGGCGCUGGUGCUCUUCUAUAUAAAAGCAGAAGGAACGCCUUCGAUCUUUGCCAGUUGGAGACACAAGGUUGGAUCCAUCGCGCAGCUUCCAGGAUGUCCAUCACUAAGAUCUUCGCCCGCACCAUUUUUGACUCCCGUGGUAACCCCACAGUGGAAGUUGACCUCUACACUCAAAAGGGGCUUUUCCGUGCAGCUGUGCCCUCAGGGGCCUCCACGGGCGUGCAUGAGGCCCUGGAAAUGCGUGAUGGAGACAAAUCCAAGUACCAUGGAAAAUCCGUCUUCAACGCAGUAAAGAAUGUUAAUGACAUUAUUGCUCCCGAGAUCAUCAAAAGUGGCCUGAAAGUAACCCAGCAGAAGGAGUGUGAUGCAUUCAUGUGUAAAUUGGACGGCACUGAGAACAAGAGUCGUCUAGGUGCCAAUGCUAUCCUUGGGGUCUCCCUGGCCAUCUGCAAAGCUGGUGCUGCUGAACUGGGAAUUCCUCUUUAUAAACACAUUGCCAAUCUUGCCAAUUAUGGUGAAGUAAUUCUGCCUGUGCCAGCAUUCAAUGUUAUCAAUGGAGGAUCUCAUGCUGGCAACAAACUGGCCAUGCAAGAGUUCAUGAUCCUGCCCACUGGUGCAAGCAGCUUCACUGAGGCCAUGCGGAUGGGCAGUGAGGUGUACCAUCACUUGAAGGCCGUCAUCAAGGCGCGGUUUGGCCUUGAUGCUACAGCUGUUGGUGAUGAGGGUGGCUUUGCACCAAACAUCCUGAACAACAAGGAUGCUCUUGAUCUCAUUCAAGAGGCUAUCAAGAAGGCUGGCUACACAGGCAAGAUUGAAAUUGGAAUGGACGUGGCUGCCUCUGAAUUCUACAAGGGCAACAAUAUCUAUGAUCUUGACUUUAAGACUGCUAACAAUGAUGGUUCCCAGAAGAUCUCUGGUGAUCAACUCAGGGACCUGUACAUGGAAUUCUGCAAGGACUGCCCCAUUGUUUCUAUUGAGGAUCCAUUUGACCAAGAUGACUGGGAGAACUGGACAAAGAUGACUUCCAGCACCAAUAUCCAGAUUGUUGGUGAUGACCUGACCGUGACCAACCCUAAGCGCAUUGCCACAGCUGUGGAGAAGAAGGCCUGUAAUUGUCUCCUUCUCAAGGUGAACCAGAUUGGCUCAGUUACAGAGUCAAUUGAUGCUCAUCUGCUGGCCAAGAAGAAUGGCUGGGGCACCAUGGUUUCCCACAGGUCUGGUGAGACUGAGGAUUGUUUCAUUGCUGACUUGGUAGUAGGACUCUGCACAGGACAAAUCAAAACUGGAGCUCCUUGCCGUUCUGAGCGUCUUGCAAAAUAUAAUCAGAUCCUCCGCAUCGAGGAAGAACUUGGUGCUGGUGCCAAGUUUGCAGGCAAGAACUUCAGGAACCCAUGCUAGGUCGUGAAGUAAAUCUAAAGUAUUGUUCUAUGAUGCUGACUUGGAGUUGUCUAAGCUUGGUUUUCAUUCACGUAUUUGAUCUUGGAAGUGUAUUGAGUCAUAAGCCUUUUGGAAACUGGAUGUGUUUUAGGAGCAAUUUGUGAUGUCUUGCAAUACUGGCAGACUUUAUAUUCCAGAACAUGAGCAUAGGACAUCUUACAUUUUGCCAAUGAAAUUGGUAUACACUGGUAUGCUAAUUUUUUUCUCUCCCUCCUCCCUCCUUUCUUUUUCUUCUUUUUAUGCAUAUGGUGGCUGACUUUUGUUUAUUACUAACUAGUCAUGUGAUUUGUCGUAGGAUUCGAUCCUUUUCAUUAAGUCACCAAAAAAAUGUUGAAAGAAAUUACCUUUAUGUAUAUAAGGUGAAUAAAAAUGUAGUAUAA